UUACAAUUUGUAUCGCGAUGUUUUCAGGAAGCGUUCGUAUCCUUGAGAUACUCUAAGAUACUUGACCGAUAAUUAUCCUCUCAAGGACGAUCCUAUCUAGCGUUCCUAUCUAUUACGCUACGUGGGAGAUUGUGGGUCUAAAGAUUGUAUUAUUUGCAUCGAUAUGCAACACCCAAAAUUAGUUGCACCCGAGAAGUGAGGAAUCAUUAUGUAAUCCGGCCUCAACACGAGGGUUCAUUCUAAUAUUUCGGUUACGUAAAACGCGAUCCGAAGUGCAAGUUAUAGCUUUCGUAACACAGACGGGAUCCCCAUACAUUCGCCACAGGUUUAUUUUUAAGCGUCGCUAUAUUUGUUCUAGCAUUUGCCGUGAAGAGAGGAAAGUUAUACAGGAAAGAUGAAAACAAUUUGGGUAAUUGGUGGGCCGGGAUGCGGCAAAGGAACGCAAUGUGACCGUAUGAUUGAAAAGUAUGGAUUUCUUCACUUGAGCAGUGGUGAUUUACUGAGAGCAGAAGUUGCUAGUGGCAGCGAAAGAGGUGCAUCGCUUCAGGAUCUAAUGUCCAAGGGACUAUUUGUGCCAACGGACAUUGUGCUGGAGCUCAUAAAGGAACAGAUGAAUAAAGCUCGUGAGGAAGGAACCACGAAGACUGGAUUUCUCAUCGAUGGCUAUCCUCGUGAGAAGGAUCAGGGAAUUCUUUUCGAGGAAAAUGUUUGCCCUGUCGACUUAAUUCUCUUCUUCGAUGUAGCGAAUGAUACUCUGAAGAAGAGACUCCUUGGACGCGCUGCUGUGUCUCAAAGGGUAGAUGAUAAUGAGGAGACAAUAAAAAAAAGAAUCGAGAUAUUUAAUGCGAAAAACAGCGAGAUUGUCGAACAUUACAAAGACAAAGUUGUAAGAAUUAAUGCGGAAGGAACAGUCGAUGAAAUAUUCGCUGAGGUAACGAAAGCGCUGAAUGCUUUAUUAGCUUAGAUAAAUUGCACCGGAGACUUUUAAAGAAUCGCAAGAUUUGUUGCUCUUUAAAAACAAGUCGUUACCAAAGUUUACAUUUUAGAUGACGUUGGAUGCUUACUCAAAUGAAACAUACAAAUUAGGUAUUGUUAAUUGUUGAAUAAAACUGUAGAACUGCUU